CCUGUUAUUCCCAGUCCAGAAAUCCGGAGGAAACGAUCAACCAAGAGAAGAGGGUCACACUGGGAAACAACCAAUCUGAAUACAGAUAGUGUCAGAACUUUUGAUUACCCCAUGAAUCUUCACGACCCCUCAGAUUGACCUCAGUGAAGUAAAGGGAUCAGAACAGGGGCUGUAGUCACGUGGGUUCGCCGCUGUGCGGAUGUGCUGUGGCGACUCAUCUUGACGAGUAAACACUCUCUGACGAAGCUACGUUAGCGAGUAGCUCCCGUGUUCAGCUCCACCUCGUUUCCUCUCUGCUCACCGAGCAUCAUCCUCUGGGUCCUGUCGGUGUGUGUAAACAUGGAGGGGCCGUGCAGUGCGUCCGGUGUGCGGCCGCUGGUGUCUACAGAGCUCUCUUCCUCCUCCUCCUCCUCCUCCCCACUGGUCUCCUCUCGUUAGCAUCCUCACCGUCCAGCAGCAGUGAUGCACAGGGAGGGGGACGAGGCGCAGGACGACUGCGGCUCCCGGGAGGAGUGGACCCUGCUCUUCUGGACCUCUGUGGCCGUCAUCGUCCCGGUGGUCAUCACGCUGUGGUGCAGCACCCAGCGCUCCAAGCGGAGGACGCACAUGAAGGAUUUCUUUCGCAAGAGCAAGCACGGCUGGCACUACACCGACCUGUUCACCAAGCCCACCUACUGCUGCGUCUGCUCCCAGCACAUCCUGCACGGGGCGUUCUGCGACUGCUGCGGCGUGUGCGCAGACGACCAGUGCCUGCGCCGGGCCGACCGGAGCCUGCCCUGCAAGGAGAUCAUGGGCCCCUGCAGCCCGGACGGAGCCAUGGAGCACCGCUGGGUCCGCGGGAAUGUGCCCCUCGCUAGUUACUGCCGUGCGUGCAAACAGCAGUGUGGAACCCAGCCGAAGCUCUGCGACUUCAGGUGUGUGUGGUGUCAGACCACGGUGCACGACGACUGCAUGGACAGCCUGGCGGGAACCGACCUGUGUGACCUGGGCGAGUUUCACAGCCUGAUCAUCCCUCCUCACUACCUCCUCUGUGUCAACAAACUCCGCUGCAGGCAACCCGAGGAGUACAGCAAGCUGGCGUCUUCCUGCGGCAGUGGCUGGACUCCAGUGUUGGUCUUGGCUAACACACGUAGCGGUAACAACAUGGGGGAAGCGCUGCUGGGAGAAUUUCGCUCCAUCCUUAACCCAGUGCAGGUGUUUGACCUUUCUGAGCUGACUCCCUCUAAAGCCCUCCAGUUGUGCACCCUACUGCCCCCCGGCAGCGUCCGGGUGCUGGUGUGUGGAGGUGAUGGCACGGUGGGCUGGGUGCUGGAUGCCAUCGAUACCAUGAAGCUAAAGGGCCAAGACCAGUUUGUCCCAAGGGUGACCAUCCUGCCCCUGGGCACAGGAAAUGACCUCUCCAACACUCUGGGCUGGGGCGCUGGGUAUGCUGGGGAGAUUCCUGUGGAACAGGUUCUCCGUAACAUCCUUGAUGCGGAGUUGGUCAAAAUGGACAGAUGGAAAGUGCAGGUUGCUUCUAAAGUCCUCUACUUUCGUAAACCAAAGGUUCUGUCCAUGAACAACUACUUCUCUGUGGGGCCCGACGCUCUGAUGGCUCUGAACUUUCACACACACCGGGAGAAAACACCGUCCUUCUUCUCCAGCCGCAUCAUCAACAAGGCCGUGUAUUUCCUGUAUGGCACCAAAGAUUGUUUAGUGCAGGAAUGUAAGGAUCUGGAUAAGAGGAUUGAGUUGGAGUUGGAUGGGGAGAGGGUGGCGCUGCCCAGUCUGGAGGGCAUCAUCGUCUGUAACAUCGGCUACUGGGGUGGAGGCUGCAGACUCUGGGAGGGUAUGGGGGAUGAACCCUGCCCACCCACAAGAUUGGAUGAUGGCCUGAUGGAGGUGGUGGGUGUGUUUGGCUCCUUCCACUGUGCUCAGAUCCAGGUCAAGCUGGCCAACCCUGUGCGGCUGGGACAAGCCCACACUGUCAGGCUGGUUCUCAAGAGCUCCAAGAUGCCCAUGCAGGUGGAUGGAGAGCCUUGGGCCCAGGGCCCCUGCACCAUCACCAUCACCCAUAAGACCCAGGCCCUCAUGCUGUAUCACAGCAGCGAGCAGACAGACGAUGACGACGAUGAAUCCAGCUCCUCCGAGGCAGAGAGCCACACCCCUCACGACUCGCCCCGGCCUACAGGGCCAGCCUCCGCUCGUGCAUGACCCAUCACAAGCCUCACGUGAUCUGAAGCUCUUCUUAUCUUAAGUUUUUGUCUUCUGUCUUAAGCCCAGUUUCUAUUAAUCCCUCUUCUCCAAGGGCACUUGAUUGACCCCCUCUAAGAUCCUUGAAAAAAGCUUUAUCCUCGAGUCAUGUCCAUGGAAAUAGAUGUUGUAAGUUUCCUGUGUCAUCAUUUCAGAUCCUUUCAGAGAGAUGCAGGUUUUAGAGAAUUUUCUUUGUAAGUGGGCUGGUGCGAGUUAUUUUUCAGUUCCAUCCACACUCCACUUAUCCUGUAACCCAGAGCUCAGGCAGUUCCUCUCCACAGGGGCAGUCAGUAGGAGAGGAAUGUUACAGAGAAAGAUUGCCAUUUAUUUGCACUGAUCCCUUCUGCCAUAGAUAUGUAUAGUCAGCUAUACUAUAUUUAUUAUAUUGUAUUUACCAUUGAAUGCCCAGUGCAGUACUGCAGGUAUCAGUAAGCCAUUUUUUACUACUUAUCCAGGUUGAAUUGACUAAUUCCCCUCAAAGCCAUGUCUAAUUUAUCAGCAGCUGGUGGUAAUAUAGUGGACAGCAGUACUGUUAUGUGGAGGAUUUGCUGGAGGUUGCCUACAUGCAAGUUAUUGUACAUUAAUCAUAUUUUGUUACACAAAAGAAGCACAAACAACACAGCUUUCUAGUGGGUGAUGAGUAAAACAUCUGUUAAUUCAACUGAUAGUCAUUGAUUUUUAGUGUCUCCUACAUUUGUCACCCUGGGUAAGGCUUUGAACUGUGUCUGCAGGAUACAAGGUUUUUAAAUCUGGAGCAAUGUUCCACCUGUAAUGUGUCAAUCACUGGACAUCCAUCUUGGUUUGUUUACUUCAUGAUGCUCUGUCCCAAGUUGCUCCCCCACAAACUGCUGGAUGACACUUCAGUCUUCAAACUAUAUCUCGCUUACCUGUAAGGGCCAGAGCAAACAGGCCGACUUGUUGGGGUUUAUUUUGAAAGUACUGCCAAGUAACUACUGUUCAGAGGAUCCUCUUUGCCUUCAUGUAAAAGCUUCUCCGCCUGUUGCCAUACUGUAUUAUGUUUUUAUAUCUGACACUGACAAAUACCUUACAUUGCUUAGAACGUAGGCACAUACAUGAAACCAUACUGCUGACCUUAUGUUUCUGCCGAUAGUGAUAACUGCUGAUGAGAUUAUGCUGUGUCAUGUUGUUUUACAUUAUUCAAGUCGCACUCUUGUAUUUCAUUAUUUGUGUAUUACCAAAUAGUCACCACAAGGUGUUGGAUUAUUUCAAAAAAGUAUAGAGAGGUGGAGUAGAAUUGAGUUUCAGAAUCAAACCUUUACGCUUCACUAUUAUUACACUGUUUGUGGGGCUGCACAAUAUAUCUAAAAUGUGUUGCUGUGGAGCCGUCCAAGGUCCCUGCAGCCGGAGCCAAGUGGAAUGGAAAUAAUAUCGUCAUCGCGAUAUUCAACGUUAUCGCAUGUUUUUUCUAAUAUCGUGCAGCCCUACUUGUUUGUACUUUUCCGGGUUGUUCAUAUGACAUAGCUCUUCUUGUUAAGUUUUAUUGUUGCAUCUGUCCUGUAUUCAGUUUGUUAAGCAGCCGUCCUGUAAGGAAAAUAUUUUUGCCAUUCAAGGUGAUCCUGUUUUUUGCAGAAUGCCUGUUGCUCACAUCCAUAUGAGAAAUGUUUCAGUAUAAUUUUUGUUUGUGUUUGUCAAGAACCCUGAGCCAUCCUGCUGCUCAUUUGGCUGAACAGGGAUCAGUUAUUAGCCACGUGAUGCCUAUGCUUUUGGAAUAUGCACCUCUUUAGCAGGUAACUAAGUCCUGGUGUCAUCACCCUCUGUUUGGUGAAUGUCUUCUCGCUCACAGACACCAGAUUGACCUCUUACCUGAUCAUCCAUGUUUACCAGACGUGCUUGUGAUGUGUUAUGUUGCUCCGAUGUAACUGGGAUUUAUUGGCAGGUUUUAAGCCACACCAGCAGCAUGGUUCUAGCUGGACACACUGUUUUAGAGUGGAUUUUCGCAAUAACUGCAGGACCACGAGCGAGUGCUAAUAUCUAUACUUAAAUUCAAACGAUCUGGAUUUAGGUAUAGAUAUUGGUGGUCCUUGGAAAUCAAAUCCUUGUGAUUUUUCUUUUCAAACAUUUAGGCUCACGUUACUUCAGAACUACUAUCAAAAUUUCUUAGUCUCCACUGUAGUGUAACACUGAUGCUAGAUAGCAUACUAACAAUGCUUAAUAUUAGCAUCCGUACUUUGCAUAUGUCACAUGAUACACGUGACAUGCUAUUCGUCCAGCUUUCAGGUCAAAUCAGAGUUGGGCCUAAAUACUGUGGUUAAAAAAUACAGUUUAAAAUUGUGGGUAUAAUUUGUUUUGAAUUAUGUGUAAUGUGAAAUGGUUUGUUAUGGUUAUUAACCUGGAUAGAAUUGCAGCUAACUUUAAAGUUUCCUUUAAAGCUCUCUUAUCCUUACCACAAUUUAGCUGUUUUGUUUAAAUCUCCCUACUCUCAAUAAUCUUUGUUUCUAGCAGCAGCAGACGCUGUUGUACGUAAAAUCCCUCUGAUACACCCGCUGUACACCCAUGCCCCAAACACAGAGUAGCUGGUCAGCACCUGGCUUUUCUGCAAGCUCAGUAGCUAAACAGCAAGGAGGUGGUGGAGACCAAAACAUAGUUAAAGUGUGGUGGAUAUUUGUUAGAUAUCCAGAAACAGGACUUCAAAUCGUUGACAAUACCACUGAUAGUGCACAUGCUCUUUGUUUGCUAACAUAUUUUCCUGUCAACUUUAAUGUGUUUGGAGUAGGAAGCCAAUAGAAAACAAAAACCUGGCCAACACAGCUUUGAACUGAUAAAAGAUGAUAAUGGUGACACCAAGGGUUGCUAGUGUGGCUAAUAACUGUCUGUUUAAUAUUAUUUGUUAAAACUUUGUCACAUACGGUUGGGCUUCUGCUUUGAAAGUCAGUUGUUACUCACAUGUUGCUUUGUUGUGCAUAGCCAAAUGUGUAUAUUAUUGUUAAAAGCUUUGUGUAUGAUUUAGGGGGAUCUAUUGGUGAAAAUGAAAUAUAACAUUCACAACUAUGCUUUCUGUAGUGUAAAAAUCCCCUGAAAGAAAUUGUUGCCAAUGCCCUCACCAAUAGAUGCCACUAAACCCUGCUCAAUGAACCUUUAAAUAUUUGAAUGUUUACUUUGUUACUGUCAAAUAUCUAAAAAAAGAGAAUCUACAGUCUGAUGAGUGUCAAACAUUUCAUGAUUUCAUGUGUUCCAUGACCAGGUCGUAAGAAGCGUGAUGUCGCCUCUACUAAACACAGAUGAAAAUCCAUAGACACUGUUUCUUGCAAAGGAGAAGCUUUUAUUGGUAAAAAUUGUGUCAAUCAUAGAUGUUUACAAAGAUGGUAUAAGAGGGUUUACUGAAUUUGCUAAAUCACAGAUCUUGAACUGAAUGUAAUGAAGCAGUAUUUUGAGUUUGAAGACAUUCUCUUAAAUAUUUUCAUAUAUAA